AGACACUGUCAGAACACAAGGCAGGGCGCCAGCUGCGGCCCAGGGCAGGGGAGGCAGGGACGCACGGGGCUGACACCCCAGGGCAGCUGGUACACUUGUGGCCCCUGCCAGUGCUCUCUGGAGAACACGGGGUGGCCACCUGCAGGCCCCAGAGCUUCAGACCUGAUGGCUUCCUUCCUCAUCCACCACAGGGCACACAGGACAGAGCCGUUGCAGAAGACUGAAGAAGGGAGCGCCACCACGCUGCCACCCCUGACUGGAGCAAGGGGUUCACGCGGAGAGGGACAAUGGCUGUGCUAAGCAGGGCAAGACUGCUGACAGCUACCCUAGGCACGCACACAGGCUGCACGGGGCGUGGACACGAGCUCCGGCUCCACCGUGCGCUGUGCAGCACCUGAGCCAUGACGGGCGCUGGUCUGUGCACGUGACGGAGAAGCACCCUGAGGAUACCUAGGGGAGUCGGCAAGGGCAGCAGGCAGCAAGCCCCAGGGAGAGCGCCACCCCUGGGGAGCAUCGCAGACCGGGUGACCCCAGAGACACAUCAGUGAACACAGAGAGGGAGCCUGUCUUCAGUAAAUCCCAGCGUCACUCUAUGAGCAGGAAGGCAUAAGCAGACCACAGGAGGCGUAAGACAGGAAGUGAUGCACAAGCUCUUACUGUUACUUGUUGCUACGGCUGGGCUUAGUGUCCCUCAAAGGCCCGUGUGAGAAAGGCUUAGUCACCCAUGGUGAGGGUCACGGAGUCUUUGGGGGGCAGUGCCCGGGGGGAGGGCUCUAGGUUUCGAGGGGGUGGCCCUGAGAGCACCAUGGACCUCACUUCCCUCUCCUCUCUCUCGCUCUUCUCAGACAUAAGGUGAGCUAACGUGAACUUGUCUCCAGGGCUAUCUAUCUCGGGUGCUUGGUGUAGGAGGUGAGUAUCUAUCUCAGAUGCUUGGUGUAGGAGGUGAGUAUCUAUCUCAGAGGCUUGGUGUAGGAGGUGAGUAUCUCUCUCAGGUACUUGGUGUAGGAGGUGAGUAUCUAUCUCAGGUGCUUGGUAUAGGAGGUGAGUAUCUAUCUCAGGUGCUUGGUGUAGGAGGUGAGUAUCUAUCUCAGAGGCUUGGUAUAGGAGGUGAGUAUCUAUCUCAGGUGCUUGGUAUAGGAGGUGAGUAUCUAUCUCAGGUGCUUGGUGUAGGAGGUGAGUAUCUCUCUCAGGUGCUUGGUGUAGGAGGUGAGUAUCUAUCUCGGGUGCUUGGUGUAGGAGGUGAGUAUCUAUCUCAGAGGCUUGGUGUAGGAGGUGAGUAUCUAUCUCAGAGGCUUGGUAUAGGAGGUGAGUAUCUCUCUCAGGUGCUUGGUGUAGGAGGUGAGUAUCUAUCUCAGAGGCUUGGUAUAGGAGGUGAGUAUCUAUCUCAGGUGCUUGGUAUAGGAGGUGAGUAUCUAUCUCAGGUGCUUGGUGUAGGAGGUGAGUAUCUAUCUCAGAGGCUUGGUAUAGGAGGUGAGUAUCUAUCUCAGGUGCUUGGUAUAGGAGGUGAGUAUCUAUCUCAGGUGCUUGGUGUAGGAGGUGAGUAUCUCUCUCAGGUGCUUGGUGUAGGAGGUGAGUAUCUAUCUCGGGUGCUUGGUGUAGGAGGUGAGUAUCUAUCUCAGAGGCUUGGUGUAGGAGGUGAGUAUCUAUCUCAGAGGCUUGGUAUAGGAGGUGAGUAUCUCUCUCAGGUGCUUGGUGUAGGAGGUGAGUAUCUAUCUCAGAGGCUUGGUGUAGGAGGUGAGUAUCUAUCUCAGGUGCUUGGUAUAGGAGGUGAGUAUCUAUCUCAGGUGCUUGGUAUAGGAGGUGAGUAUCUAUCUCAGGUGCUUGGUGUAGGAGGUGAGUAUCUAUCUCAGAGGCUUGGUGUAGGAGGUGAGUAUCUCAGAGGCUUGGUGUAGGAGGUGAGUAUCUAUCUCAGGUGCUUGGUGUAGGAGGUGAGUAUCUAUCUCAGGUGCUUGGUGUAGGAGGUGAGUAUCUAUCUCAGGUGCUUGGUGUAGGAGGUGAGUAUCUCAGAGGCUUGGUGUAGGAGGUGAGUAUCUAUCUCAGGUGCUUGGUGUAGGAGGUGAGUAUCUAUCUCAGGUACUUGGUGUAGGAGGUGAGUAUCUAUCUCAGGUGCUUGGUAUAGGAGGUGAGUAUCUAUCUCAGGUGCUUGGUGUAGGAGGUGAGUAU